GGGGAAAAUCUCAGCAUCCGUUUCAUUUUGGUAGUGUACUGAGAGGGUAAAGCUUUUUCCCGCCUCUCCUCGUCACAUUUCCCGCCCUCGGAACCCUAACGAUGGCGCAGAAGCAGCACGCCACCGCCGAUCCCGCUGCCGAGCCCAAGAAGCGGCGUCGUGUCGGCUUCUCCGCCGUAGACGCUGGAGUUGACCCCAAGGACUGCAUUAAAAUCUAUCUCGUUUCUGGCAAAGAGGAAGUGGGCGCCGCAGAUAGUUUCUGCCUCGAUCCAAUCGACUUGGGUAACUUUUUCGAGGAAGAUGGGAAAAUCUAUGGAUACCAAGGACUGAAGAUCUCUGUCUGGAUGAACAUCAUAUCGUUCCAUUCUUUUCCUGAGAUCACUUUUGAGAGCAAAUCUGAUGGGGGGAAAGGAAUCACAGAUCUGACAUCUGCUCUUAAGAACAUUUUUGGUGAAACUCUUGUGGACAACAAAGACGAUUUCCUUGAAUCUUUUUCAAAAGGUGGCCAAUAUAUAAGAGACACCAUUGCAAAUGGCGAGAUAUUGCAGCAGAAAACCUCCAAUGGACAUGCCAAUGAUUCUGAAUGUCAUGUAGAGGCAGCUGCUUCUGAUUUGCAGGUUAUUCGCAUGAGCAUGGGCAACAUGGCCACUGGACACCUUUACAGUCGUUUGGUACCUCUUGUUCUUCUACUUGUGGAUGGUAGCAAUCCCAUUGAUGUCACCGACCCAAGUUGGGAUAUUUAUCUGCUUUUAAAGAAGAGUGUAAAUCAGAUGGCAAAUAGUGAAGAUCGAGUUCUUGGUUUUUCUGCUGUAUAUCGCUUCUACCGCUAUCCUGAUGGUUUGCGCUUGCGACUUGGACAGGUUCUGGUACUCCCACCUUAUCAGAAAAAGGGCUAUGGCCGCCACUUGCAAGAGGUGCUCAAUGAUGUUGCAAUUAAAGAAGAUGUUUACGACUUAACCAUUGAAGAGCCAGUAGAAAAGCUACAGCAUUUGCGGACUCUCAUCGAUGUAUUACGCCUUCUCAGUUUUGAUCCAGUUGAGAAUGCAGUUAAUGCAACUGUUUCUCAGCUGAAGCAAGGGAAACUUUCGAAGAAAACCUACAUUCCCAGGUUGCUUCCGCCCUCUGAUGUGGUUGAGGAUGUUCGGAGGACCUUCAAAAUCAACAAGAAGCAGUUCCUUCAAUGCUGGGAAAUACUGGUUUAUUUAGGCGUCGGCUCCUCUGAGAAGUGCGUGGAGGAUUAUUUCUCAGUAGUUUCCAAUAGGGUGAGGGCUGAUAUCCUGGGGAAAGACUCCGAAACUGCUGGGAAGAAGGUGAUCGAGGUCCCAAGCGAGUGCGAUCCUGAGAUGUCAUUUGUUAUGUUCCGGUCAAGAGCUGGCGGAGAGGCAGUUGAGGUGGAGGAAGAUCAAAACAAGCAAGAAGAGCAGCUUAAGCAGGUGAUCGAGGAACGGCUAGAAGAGAUCAAGCUCAUUGCUAGCAAGGUGUCUCAGCUUCGAAGGUGAAGCAGAGGCAUUUUUCUCUAUCGGUAAAACUUUCUUGGAAGCAAAAGCAACUUUCAUGAUCUUCUUGUUUGUAGUGGCUGUAGAGGUUUAGGUUAGCAUAGGCUCUAUAUGGCUGAUCGAUCUGUAACAUUGCUUCACUUCUAAUGGAUAGUUAGCAUCACUGUAGGCUCGGGCAUUUGCGGGGGCCUGCCCUAUUUUGCUGAGGAAAAACUACAUUGAUCUAGUAUAUGUUUUAAAUGACGAUACUUAACUCAAUCCUCCGCUUUGGCCCUGCAAUAAGACAUCGGAGUGAGUUCUUAUUAUCUUUUAUGUAAAGGCCGGAGCUGCAAAGAGAGCAUUGUAUUUGUGAAUGUGGUUUGUCAGUCAUGCAGGACUCGACUGAAACGUUGGAAGAACUGCGAAUAUGAUGGGCAUGAAUUUUUUGCACU